UCUACAACGUGUUUCUUCGGAUUAAACCCAUCGCUGUUUGAAUAAAGUUUUUCAAAUGAAAACAAACAUGGCCGCUUCCGUAUCGCGUGUUAUAUAGCAAAGUCCCUUUGGUUUUUGCUUAUCAAAAAAAAAAAUAAUAAUAGAUGUGACGAGUUUUCUUCCAGCCUAACAAUAUUUGCCCCAUCUGAAGCAAGGAUGAGCCGCUCCACCAGCCUCCUACAGCAGAUGACCAUAUUCACGACCGUAGUGACCGGCGGCGGAUGUGCUAUGAUGUAUUACCUCAUGCAGAAAAAUUUCGCUAAAUCAGAGCAUUACCAACUUGCCCUUGAACAGCUGAACAAUAAUUCCACAGCCAUGGCCAGUCUGGGUGCUCCUCCUCUGAAGAUACACAACAUCCAUUUAUCUGACCGACACAACCGCAUUGACCACAGCAGCGCUCAGCUAAAGAUCCCAGUUACCGGGUCAAAGAAUGGAGGUUACCUUUACACAGCUUCCACCAGAGACGCUUUUAUGAACAGGUGGCACCUCCAGCAAGUGUUUCUGAAGCUAAGGGAAGGCGAGAUCAUCGAGAUUUUCAACAAGACAGAAUCUGAAGAGUAACUUCACAUAGAAACAUUUCAUUUCAUUUGUUAAUAAAUAAUGUUUGGCGGCCUGAUUUUUAACUAAUGUGAUUAUGGCAUUCACAUAUAUUUAUCUACUUUAAAUGUUAAUAUAUAUAUAUAUAUAUAUAUAUAUAUAUAUAUAUAUAUAUAUAUAUAUAUAUAUAUAUAUAUAUAUAUGUGUGUGUGUGUGUGUGUGUGUGUGUGUGUGUGUGUGUGUGUUUGUGUGUUUCAUGUGAAGCACUUUAUUUUGGGGCUAGCUUGGAAAAAAGUGUUUCAUUAAGGAUGGGUGAUGUAUAAAUCCUACACUGUAAUUUUGUUUUGUUAUCUUAUUAUUAAGCAUGUCUUUUUUCACACACAUGCAUAAACAUAAACAAUCUUACUACAUUAAAUAUAUACAGUUGGCAUAAAGCUUUUAAAGCUGAUCUAAACAUGAUGUGGAAGCAGGGUCACAUAAAUUCAAGUGAGUCAAGAGAUAAUAACCUUGAUCUGUCUGAUUUUCUACCUUAAAAUGUGUAUAAAAAAGGCAAUUCAUUACAGCUUGUAAUACCAACACUGGGGUCUUUGGAUCAUCUGUUAUGCCAUUGUGACUGGUCUUGUGUCAUUGUAGUUACUAAACUUCACCAGUAGGUGUCAUUAAAAGAUUAUUAUUCAGUAACCCAAGAAAUUUGAAUCAUGUAUUUCUCAAUUAAUAAAUAAAGCCGAUGAUUUAAUUUAGUGAAAGAUACAAAAUCAGGUUUAUGUAGUGCUGUAAGGUGUGAUUAAGUUAGAUUUGUCGUUAUGAGUGACAAUUUUGUGCCAAUUAUUUUUUCUAAAAUAAAAAAAUUGCUUUAAGCAUGCUGUAUAUAUAAUAUAAUUUUAGCCAUGUGCUAAAAAUUUACUUUGGCACUUGUGUCAUUUAUUCAUUUGACAAAUUUAAACCAUGCUCAGUUCAUAAUAACCUUAAGUAUCAUAAAUCUAUAUUCACAGGAGGCAGCAGACAUCAUCCACAGAAACCCAGUGACCCAGUUUAGCCACAAGGCCUGUAGUACCAGACUCUCUCUCUCUCUCUCUCGCUCUGAUCCACAUCUCUCAUUAGCUUUUUUGGUUGAAAGAUUGAGGCCAGAAAACCCAAAAAGUUUAAAUAAAAAUCAACACUUAAAGCUAUGAUGAUGAUGUUAAUAAUAACAACUAUUAGUGUAAUAUUGCAUUCAUUUUAUGUAUUAUUCUUAGUAUGGAAUAGUAUAUUAGUCAUACAGUAUGUAAAAACAACUUACUAUAUUUGCCAAAAUGCUCAGCAACAGAACUGUGUACAAAAUUGCAUCCCACAAUGCAAUGCAUUUACGCUAGCGCUUCACUCUCCAGUUCUCUCUGAAUCUGUUUUGAAUCUGAAUAAACCUUGGUUCCAGACCAAGCUGGGGCUUCAUGUCUCAAACUUUCCUCCUUCUCUCAAGCCCUUCAAAAAUCCCACUGUUAUCCCCCAAAACCACCCGCUCCUGCUCCAGAAAUAUCCUCAUAUUCCUCAGAGCUCUGGGGACCAUCUGUCUUCACUUCCAUCUGCCAAAACAUCCAUGCAUAUAAAUACUUCCUCCAAUCUGUUUUCAUCUGAUUUUGCAAUAUUUCAUAUUACAUCACAGUGUAUUAACCAUUGCAACGUAUAAAUCCUUCAUUAAAUGACGUCAAGUUUCUCA